CCAAAAUUGACAGGUGGCCGGUGGGUGUUUUCGGUGUUUUAAAGUGUAUUGAGGUUAUGAGUAUGUUUUGUUUACGUUUUGAAAAAUAAGAGCAACAGCAGAAAAAUAUUUGGACAGUUAAAAAAGAAUGAGAGUGGAUGGGAUGAGUGGAAUAAUUCCAGACAUCGAAGACUGAUUGAAUUCUGGAUUGAUUUGUUCAGUGUAAAGUGUAUGGACAUAUUGACUCCAAAAAAUUGGCUUUGAAUAGAAAAUAUAUAAAAAAGGAGUAUUUAUCAUUAAAAAACUAUUGCAAAGAAGAACAGAAGCAUUAUUAUUUGCACAGGUGUAAUAUGGAGAAUGAGAUACCAUUUAAAGAACUUUAUCAACAAGGUGAUCGACUAAUUUUGAAAUUAUAUUCUGAUGACAUAUUUGAAGGACAUGUGGCAGAUGUUGGGGAAAAUAGGAUAGAGUUGGUAAAUGUCAAGCAACAUAAUAAUAAAAAUAUUCUCUCAACUAUUUACACAUUCUACAGAAAUGAAAUACAGACAAUUCAACAGUUACAAGAGAGAAUAACGGAAAAACAAAGUGCCUCUACAAGCAGUGAAAAAGUAGAAGAUUCAAGCAAAAUUAAAUUAACAGAUUUAGAAUAUGAUAGGCUUAAAGACAUGUCAAGAGAUUAUACUUACAUUGAUCAGACUGAUGCAAGAUAUUUUCAAGCAGUAGAACUAUUGUCUAGAGCUGAAACAAUUGGAGUAGCUCCUCUUGGAGUGGAAAAGAGUAGAGAUGGUUCUAUAAAAUUAUUGGGUGUUAGUAUGUGGGAUAAAGUCUACCUUUUUGACUUUGUAAACCAAAGAAGUAAUUUUCAGUAUAAAGAGCUCCAAGAUAUACUUGAAACAGAAUUUACUGUAAAAGUCAUACAUGAAGCAGGACCAUUAAUAGAUAUCUUGUAUAGAAAACAUAAAAUAUUUGUGAAAAAUGUCUUCGACCCGCAAGUAGUUGACCUCAUCAUUAAAAAAAAGGAAACUGGAAGCAUCCCCUCUAAUAUGAGUGAUAUAUCAGAUUUACUGACUGAUUACUUUAAUUUUCCGUCUAGUUAUUUACAAAAUGCACUAGAAACGAAAGAUUCUAAAUGGACUCAAAGACCUCUCAGUGAUAGAAGAAAAGGAUAUGCUGCACAGUUGGUAACAUACUUAAUAGCUCUGAGACAACACAUGGAAAGGAAAAUAUUUUCGGAAAUGUAUGAGGCAAUAGAUAAUGUACAUAAUUAUUAUUAUUCCCUAGAUAGCUUUCAGUUUGCCAGUAAUUGGAAAUCAAGAAAUACACCCAAAGAGAUAGAAGAUGUUAUACCUAAUUUAGGAAAAUCUUAAUGUUUAUGGAACAAUCUAUACGCUUGUUCAAUUGAAAUGCAUCUUUGGUCAGGUUAGACUUAGAAAUCAUUUUAAUCACUUAACUGACGUUCUGCAAUGUUAUUUAUACUUGUAAAUAUUGAUCAGGUCGUAUCAUUUGUAUUUGCUUGUGUCAGGUAUUGUGACUUGUUGUUAAAUUUUCGUCUAAAUAUAAUCAGUGUGUGGUAAUUCAAUAAUUUUUGUAAGCUGAAUGAUAAGCGAUGACCACGUGCAUUGAGUACUGCAUCCAUACGCAAUAAGAUAUUAAUCCCCAUAUGCUAGCGAAAUAUACCCUUAACAAUAAUCAUAUACAGAACGUGGAGCCGCGUUGCCAGUACAUCAACAAAGUUUGUGAAAAAAGAGAGCGGCAUUACUGCCAGUCAAUAGGUUAAAAUACACUGCGCGCCAAAAUUAACGCGGAAUUUUAAAAAUCCUGGCAAAUCAAAUAAUUUUAAUGUUUCGAUUUUUGUGAUAAUUUAUUAUUAUUGUUACCUGCGGUAUAUUGUAAAAUUUAUCGAAAGAACGAAUGUUCAAAGGCGUUUUUCAUGUUUAUUAAGUGUUUUUUGAUAUGAACCACCAGCAGCAACAAAAUCAAAAUUUGUCAGAAAGUGACUAUUAGAAUCGUUACUAUUCGCGAAGACAAAGGUUGUUACUAGUACUUCUCUACAAAAUUAAUUUUUUGAUCGUUAUAACUUCAGAAAGGAUGAAGCCUUCAGAAAGGAUCGUUAUAACUUCAUCCAAAAUACGAUAAGGAGAAGACUUGCCGCAAACGACCUUCGCCAUGGAAGGGCACCCACUGGCCCAUUAUUGACCAGAAAUCAUAGAAGGCAAAUAUUGCAUUUUGCUCGCGAACGUGUUGUUUGGAAUAAUGACGAUUGGGGAAGAAUAUUGUUCACCGAUGAAUCCAGGUAUUAUCUUUUUUCAGAUGACACGCGGAACAGAGUGUACAGAAGGCCUGGGGAGUACAGUAUGGUGGCGGUUCGGUAAUGGUGUGGGCUAGGAUUAAUUUGGAGGUUCGUACGGAAUUAGUUAGAAUAGAUCACGGGCAGCUUACAUCACACAGGUACAUUGCAGAAAUUUAAGAAGAGCAUGUCGUGCCAUUUGCACCAUUUUGCCCACAUAUUGCAAGCAAUAUGUGCAGCAAUAUCGUCAGGAGGUUGGUAUUCCUGCUAUGGUUUGGCCUGCGAGAAGUCCCGACCUCAAACCAAUAGAACAUUUUUGGGAAAUCUAUAGGGACGACUAUGACAACUACUUAAUACACUAAAGAUAUAAGAUCAAUCGCUUUUGGCCCAAUAAAUGACUGUUUUGGAGUGUAAUUUUCAGGGGCAACUUCGAAUUGCAUGAAAAUUUGGAUUUAGGUUCUACUCAUCCUCCACUUCAAAGUUGAAUUUGUGCCGUUGGUUGCUUUUACUUGGGGGGUGGCAUUCACCCAAUCUCGGGGGGUGAAAAACGCGUUUUUAAAAUAAGCCCGGAAAUGGAUAAAUUGACAGAUUAUAAGCAACUUUCGUUCUAUAAAGUUUUUUACGUAAGUCAACACUUUUCGAGUUAUUCGCGAUUCAAAAUGUUGAUUUUUAGAUAAAAAAAAACUACGUUUUCAGACCGUUUUUCGUAAAUAACUCAAAAAGUAAAUAUUUUAUCGAAAAAAAUAUUCUUAGCAAACGUAUAGCUUAUAACCAAACGAAAAAAAUGGUGUAUGAGGAAAGUCUAUACAUUGAGUAUAAGCAAAGUUGUAGCUCUACGUUCUUAUUCGUCUAAUUCCAAAUCGAAUAAUUCAACGAGAAAUCACCGAAAAAUUAAGCAUUUUUCGGGAAAAGCUUAUUAACAUUUUUAAAGUAUCUAAAAAAAACUUAUACCUGUUUUUUACAAAAGUUUCUAGCAUCAAAAAUGAACGAGCUACACUGAAAAAAAAGUUUUUGGUAAAAAAAAAUCGUGAAAACCUCCCUCUAUUUAGCACCCUAAAUAAAAUUAAUCGUUACCGCUUUACCAUUUAUUUUAACUGUACGUGUAUUGUUUAUAUGAUCUGUAAGUUUAAUUGGUUUAAAGUGCUUAUUUUUGAAAAAAUUUGGUUUUAUAGUAAAAAAAUUUUCAAAAAUUUUUGAAAAAUUUUCUUUUUUUUUAAAUAACUUAAAAAGUAUUAGUGAUAAAAAAAAUCUUAAAAGAGUAAAAAAAUGUAGGUUUUGCUAUUAUAAAUAUGCUAGUUUCAUUUUGUUUUUCCGUAAGACAAUAAUUGGUUAAGAUAUGGCUGUUCAAAAUUUGCAUACACUCGUGAUUAGUGACUCGAUCAAGCUUUUUCAACUAUAACCCUUUCAAAAAUAAGCACUUUAUGUGAAAUUUGAAAUAUUCGAUUUCACUUUGAAAUAUUCGAUUUGGAAUUAGACGAAUAAGAACGUAUAUUUCGUGAGCUAAAACUUUGUUUUUACCCGAUUGAUAGACUUUACUGAUACACCAUUUUUUUCGGUUUUUUAUAAGCUACACUUUUGCUAAGGAUAUUUUUUUCGAUCAAAUAUUUACCUUUUGAGUUAUUUGCGAAAAAUCGUCUGAAAACGUAGUUUUUUUGUCGAAAAAUAAACAUUUUCAAUCGCAAAUAACUCGAAAAGUAUUGACUUACAUAAAAAACUCUAUAGAAUAAAAGUUGCUUAAAAUCAGUCAAUCUGUCUUACCUUAAACGUAUAUUUUUUCACCCUCCGAGAAGGGGUGACUGUCACCCCCAAGCAAAAGCAACCAACGGCACAAUUUCAACUUUGAAGUGGAGGCUAAGUAGAACCUAAAUCCAAAUUUUCAUGCAAUUCAGAGUUGCCCCUGAAAAUUACACGGUAUCGCCGUAUUUCCCGUUCAUUUACUGGGCUAUUUUGCGAUUAAUGAAAAUUAGGAAUGAAAUUGAUCUAGAUGAAAUGAGAACGGCAAUUCUUAGUAUGAGAGAUCGUUGUCAAGCAGUAAUAAAUGCCAGAGGACACAAUACUCACUACUAGUUUAAUUUUCUUGAACUGUAAAAAUUUUCAACUUCGUCAUUUAUUUAUGAAAUUAAGUACAAGUUUUAUUGCAAUACAUUUUUCGUACAAAAAAGAAGUUUUAUUUCAGAUGUUGUAAAUAGACCAGGCUGUAUCGUCGCCCCCGUUAGGUAAAUAAUUCCGAUUCGUUUUUUUUGCACAAACUUACUUAAAAAGAGGUCCUUAUAACAAAUCCACAGGGUGCCGGGAGGGGCCGCGGUCGGAAAAUUGUUUAAACAAAUUCAAAAAAUUAAUAUUUUCACUUCAGACAAAUUUGUUUUCGAUUCUUUGGGUCCACUCUGAGCAAAAAAAGUCUCCUGUGAUUUUUCUCUAAAAUUGAUAGUUGUCGAGUUAUACAUGCAAUUUAAAAUUUGAAAAACGCGAAAAUAGCCAUUUUCAAGACUUACACCCGGUUUCCGAAAGGAUGAUCGAUUAUCUGACAUAGGAUUUGGUAUCCAUAUCUACUGUCACAUGCGGUUAUCCUUCAAGAUUUCAAUUAUAUUAAUCUAUAAAUCCAAACUUGUAUCUUUAGAUUCUAAAGGUGCAUUCUCUCUUCUGUACUGUCACUUUUGUUUGGAGCAAGAAUUGAACGAGAGCAUUUUAAAAAUGAGGCUAUAUAAUUUCAAAAAGAAUAAAACGCAUGAAAUUUAUUUGAGGAGAGUUGGAGAUAUAAAACAGUUUAUUUCUUCUUCUUCUUCUUCUUCGUGCGACUAGUAUUACUCCUGUUUGUCUGUCUCUUAUUCUGUUUCAGUUGUUGUUGACUGUACAUUGUCUUUCCAUCUUUUUGGCGGCCUUCCAACGGGUCUUCUGUUAUACGGCUUGUUGUUUUUACAGAUUUUCGCUAAUCUAUCUGGUUCCAUUCGGUUUACAUGUUUGUUCCAGUUUUUCCUUCUUGUUUUUAUCCACCUGUUAAUAUUUUGGAUUUUGCAUCGUUCUCGUAUACUUAUGUUGCUUUGUCUGUCUCUUAAUGAUAUGCCCGCUAUUGAUCUUAAUACCUACUUUCAUUUCGAUAUUGUUGAUUUGUUGGUUUGUCUUUCUUGUAUCGGUCCUUGUCUCCGCUGCAUAUGUUAGGAUAGGUCUUACUGUUGUCUUGUAUACUUUUAUUUUGCUUUCCGUGGUCAGAUAUUUGUUUCUCCAUAUGGUUUCUCGGAGGCAACCACUUACUCUUGCUGCUUUUUAUGAUUGUGAACUGUGACUGUGCAUUGUGACUCUGAACAGUUUAUUUAUGAUUUAUAAUAUUUUAUUCCCGUAUUUUUAUUUUUUGUCUAUGUAUUUACUUUGUGUAUAUAUUUUUAAUUUAUUUAACGGCUGUUUUGUUGUCUUCGAAGUUGGCUGCUAUAAUUUCUCACAUGUUUUCCCACCUAUUUACAUCCCUAUAAUCAUUAUGUUCUGGUUUUUAGAGCUCUGGUCUCUCUAUGAGUCUAGCAUCGUUGUUAUUUUACAUUUUGAAACAAAAAAUAUAUAAAUUAUAAAAUCAAAUAGAUAUAAAAAAAUGUCCGAGAUGUCCAUGUUCUGAAAGUUAAAUAAAUAUUUUAAAUUAUUUCUUCCAUAAAAAAGUCUUAUUUUUAUUCAAUAAUAUGAUUUAUCUUAUUUAUAGAUCUGUUAUUUGACAAUUUUUCUCGGUAUGUAUUUGUUAAUUUUUAAUCUCGGAUUAAAAAACUAAACAGAAACUCUUAACAUCCCGUUAAUCGACGAAUAAUCUCAGAUUAGCUGUCCAUUUGGUUAGUCCAUUUUGACCGCCCUUUGACAUGCGAAACUGGUUAAUCGGCCUUUCGCACUCAAAACACUUGUGGCCGGCUGUUAACUAACGAUUAAUCGUUUGUCAGGUGAUCGACUUUUGUUAAAACUAGUUUGAUUGACGUUUCUGAAACUCAAAAUGCAUUUAAUCUAUUAUUAAUCUAUUGUUAAUCGUCGAUUACAUAAUUUUUGCGAUGAUCAUCGUUUCGGAAACCGGGCGUUAUGAUCGACUGUUAACUAACGAUUAAUCAGUCAGGUGAUCGACUGUUGUUAAAACUAGUUUGAUUGACGUUUCUGACGCAUUUAAUCGAUUGUUAAUCGUCGAUUACAUAAUUUUUGAGAUGAUCAUCCUUUCGGAAACCGGGCGUAAGUCUUAUAAAUGGCCAUUUUCGCGUUUUUCAACAACUAUCAAUUUUAGAGAAAAAUCACAAGAGACAACUAUCAAUUUUGGAGAAAAAUCACAAGAGACCUUUUUUGCUCAGAAUGACCCAAAGAAUAAAAAAAAUUGUCCGAAGUGAAAAUAUUGAUUUUAAUAUUAAUAUAAAUAUUAUUUUUGCGACGGCGGCACCUCCCGGUGCCCUGUGGAUUUGUUAUAAGAACCUCUUUUUGAGUUUGUGCAAAAAAAAACAAAUCGGAAUAAUUUACUUAACGAGGGCGACGGUACAGCCUGGUCUAAAAAGCAACCUUAAAGAACAAAAGAGCAAACAUUUUUUUUUUCAUUACGACUGAAAUUAUAAUUUUAAAAUUAUGCUUUAAUUUUGAUGCGCCGUGUAUAUUCACUUUUAGUCGGACGAAAAAGUCGAUUGGUGAAACAAUGGAACAUGUGCCUUAAUUAAUAUCGUAAUUUUAUUAGUAGAUUAUAUUUGCCAAUCAAUUUUUUCUGGACCAAAGAUGCGAAGAUGCCUUUCAAUUGAACAAGCCCCGUAAUAUAAUUUAUUUAAGAAAUAAUUACGUUUAUUUUAUUCUUCUAUUGCCAAUCCUCGAAUAUUUGCCUUAAUUAAUAUGGUAAUUUAUAUUAGUGGAUAUAUUUGCCAAUAAAUUUUUUCUGGACCAAA